AUGCCGAGACUAUUGAGGAUGACUGUGCAAGGGUUGGACUACAGUGGGGACCUGGCGCUGUCUUCUGGCGAGUCCAACUUGGAGUCAACCACAUCGCUUUCACAGUCACGGCACUCACAGAGCCAACCAGCCGACCAGCCACCUGCAGGAAUGGCUUCUGAAGCAACCACCGAACCUAGAGAUGAGGUUCGGGAGAACCGCACGGGAAGCCAUGCGCUGGAUAUUGGCCUAAGUGGAGAGAGCCACAAUCAGCACUACAGCCGGGAGGGUAUACAGGGAAGGAUCAAGUCACAGUCCAUUUCUGGUUCUUGGAGCAGAGACGUGGCGAGGGAAGAGGUGGACGCACUUGAGGAAGCUCGCAAUACAUGA